UAAUGUAAAUCAAUACACCCACAUAGAGAAAAACAACAAGCAAAAUUAUGGAUGUUUUAUUAUCCUUAAACUCAGGCCUAAUUAGCAUUUCCAAACCAUAUCAACAUCAUAUCCUUCCACUCUCAAGUAGACAACCUCGUAUGCAGUUUUCUGUUUCAUGCAGAGCUACAAAAAAUGUUCCAAUUCAUAAUGAGUUGAAUGAUGAUGGCAACUUGUACAAGAUACUAUGUUUGAGUCCUAAAAGUGCAACAAUGGAUGACAUAAAGAGAGCAUAUAGAACAAUGGCUCUCCAGUAUCAUCCUGAUGUUUGUCAUGAUCGUUUGAAGAAAGAGGAAUCAACGAAGAUGUUUGUACAACUCAAUGCAGCUUAUGAGACUUUGUCAAAUCCAAAGCUUAAAGAAGAAUAUGACUUUGAGUUGAGUUUGGGUUUGAGAAGAAGUAGGUUGAUGGAACAAAUGGUUGAGUUGAAUAGAAGGUCUCAUACACGUAUGGCUGCAGGAUCAUCAUCAUCAUGGGGUAGUAGAAUGAGGGCCAAAAACAAUAUAACCAAAGAUGAUCAUACUAACUAGUUUCCUUUCCAUAUGAUUAUUUUGUUAAUGUAUUGUUUCAUAUAAUUAACAUUACAUUCAUUCA